AUUUAGCCCAAAGAAAGUGUAGCCUGCGCGGAAACUUAAUUUCGGAGUAUUUAGUCUGGGACCUACUAUUAAACCCAUGGCCUUGUUUCCUGUUUCUCUCACUGCGAAGAGUUGAUGAACUUCUACAUCUGGUGAAACUGCUUUUAUUACGCGAUCUAUAGCUGUUUUUGUGCCGGCAUUGUAUCAUCAAAGAAAAGGCCAAAGGUUGCAUUUUGCUGUAAAGAUCAAGUGAGUCAGCAUUAAGUAACGUGUAGUAACACCUCCCGAACCUGAAAAUGAAACUCUGCGGGAUUGAUCUGGUCUGACUGAUGUCAUUUCUGAUCAAAGUGACCUUUAUCAGGUGUUUUAGGAGCACAAAGUAGGACACAGACAAGAACUCGUUACCCCCAGAUUAGAUUUGCACCUGGAAGUAAGCAUGGCUGUUUUUGAGAAAAGACAAGGAAUGGCAAAGUGAAACCAAAAUAAAACCCCUUUCCAUGUUAUUUCUCUGUGCUUGCCUCAAAGAACAGCACUUUGGUGUCACACAUGGGCUUGAAACAAAUGUGUGCCUCUCAGACAAACUGCAACCAAAACCACAAGGCAAACUACAUGUGUUUCUAAGUGACGCGCCUCUGACACACCAGGCAGGAAGAUGUGUGGUUUGCGUAACGGAGCGGGACAGGAAGGUGUCACAGAAAAUGAGUGCUGGCAAUCCCAUGCUGAAGGUUUUCUGAUGAGUCUCUCUCUCUGCUUUUUCUUUUUUGGUACAGCUGGCCGCAAAAGAUCUUUGUUCCUAAUGGAGGAGGUUUUUCGAGAGUCUGAGCUUUGUACUUGGGUUCCACAGACGGGCUGGAAAUAGAGCCUUUGUUUUAUCUUUCACGUGUAGUGGGGAAAGCUUUUGAGGAAACAAACCUGUGUGGUCGCUUGUUGUCGGCUGGAAACAGCAGAUAUCUAUUCUGCGGGGUUGUUUUCUUUUUUUUUUUGUUUUCACACUUUUCCUUUACCUGUUGAGUGGAAAUGAGCAUCGGAAGGGGAAACGUGAACAUCAAAUAAUAGAAUGGGUGUUAAGCACCAAAAGAGAAGGCCUGUUGCACCCAGCCCACAGUAAAGAAACUUUUGGAGCAGAAGAGAAGACGCGAGACGUCAGCUGUGCUUCCCCCUUGCUCUGCUUCCAGUACAAGUCCAAUUCCUCCGACUACUGUUGCAGAUCUGUCUUCAUCAGAACCAUUUGCGCUUACAGGUGGAGCAAUUAGCUACCCAGACAUGGCAGUGAGCUAUCAGCCAUGGGCCUCAGCCCUUGAAUCUACCCAGAGUUACUACAGCAGUGCUCCAGGACCCAGCUAUGAUUCAGACUACCUAACAAUGCAAACUGAAUACAGCACACAACAGCAUGUCUCAGUGUUUGCAGACUCAAUAUCGCCGCCAUAUGACUGCUCUGUAGCGGUGGCAGAACCCAAUAUGGCUUCUUCUUGGCCACACAUCGGUCAGAGUACACAGCAUAUUUAUGGUUCUUCAAUGGAUUCUUUAAAGCUGGAUGAGGCCAGAUUGCUGCUCAGUGGCAUGGACUACAGCAGAACCACUUGUCAGGAUGAAGACGGUGACACCAUCCUGCACAUCUACACAGCCAAAGGACUCAGGGAAUAUGCCAUCGCUGCUGCAGAGAGGCUGAGGGAAGUAGGGAGGCUUGAUGCUAAGGAACACAAAGGAAAGACUGCUUUGUUGGUGGCAGUGACAGCCAACCAGCCAGAGAUUGUGCAGGAUCUUCUGUCGUUAGGGGCAGACAUAAACGCCUGCGACUUUAAAGGUCAAACUGCUCUUCACUUGGCUGCUCACUAUGGAUUUCCAGCAGUUCUGGAGGCAAUUCUGUCAGGUAGACGAAACGUCAACUUGGAGGCCCGCAAUUUUGAGGGUAUGACUCCCCUACACUGUGCAGCCAUUUCUCACAGUGUCACCAUGAAAGCGUCUACAGCCGCACCGGAAGAUGUUAGUCUUCAGGCCAAAGCUGAUGAGAAGCUCUCUUGUGUACAGAUGCUGCUCAUUGCAGGGGCAUCCCUUCUCAGCCAGGAAAUCAAAAGUAACAAGACAGUGCUGCACUUGGCUGUGAAGGAAGGUAACAUUAAACUGGUGGACUACCUGCUGGGGAUUCGCCUGCCAAACAUGAAAGACUUUGUCAACAUGAAAGCUCACGGUCACACGGCUUUACACAUGGCGGCAGGUCUUCAUGGUAACCCAAACCAGGAAAAGAUCCUGCAGCUGCUGUUGGACAGAGGAGCCGACCCCAGCAUGCGCAACCUGGAAAACGACCAGCCAGCUCAUUUGCUGCAGAGCGGCCCACAAGGAGAACGGCUCAAGUUCAUGUUGAAGAGACGAAGCAGUUCUCGAUCUGGCAGAACCAGGAAUAAUUUAGACCACUUGUAAUCCCGUUUUGGUGGGAUGAAGAAUCUUCAAGAUGACUCCUUUGUUGAGAAGGGGAAAAAACUUAUUUUUGUUUUUUUGGGAGUCUUUGACCUGUUGAUGAAAAAAAAAACUGAGUAUGCUAGAUUUAUUAUUAGAUUAAUUAUGCUUAUCAUUUAUUGCCCAUAAAUGAAAAGUGUAACAAUUUUUUCAGGACCAUUGAGUUAAUUUUUAGUCUUUUGGCAAAAACAUAUCUACAAAGUGAAAAAUGCAUGCGCUAUAUACACUCACCGGCCACUUUAUUAGGUACACCUUGCUAGUACCGGGUUGGACCCCCUUUUGCCUUCAGAACUGCCUACAAUACUCAGGUAGACUGUGACCUUGACAUGAUGCUCAAUUGGU